AACCCUAGCUUCACUCUCCUCAUAUAAUUUCAUCCCUCCCAUUUCUGCAAAUUCUCCUCCAACGCCUCACAUUUUCUGCAGCAUUCCUUCCUAAACCCUAGCCAUGGCGGAGCGCGGCGGAUUUGGACGAGGCUUCGGCGGCAGAGGCCGCGGUGGUGACCGCGGCCGCGGAGGUCGCCGCCGGCCCGGACGACGCGACGAAGAGGAAAAGUGGGUUCCAGUCACCAAGCUUGGGCGGCUCGUAAAAGAGGGCAAAAUCCAGUCCUUGGAGCAGAUCUACCUCCACUCUCUCCCCAUUAAGGAGCAUCAGAUCGUCGACACCCUCGUUGGCCCCAGCCUCAAGGACGAGGUCAUGAAGAUUAUGCCCGUCCAGAAGCAGACCCGCGCCGGACAGAGAACCCGAUUCAAGGCCUUCGUCGUCGUCGGAGAUGGUAAUGGCCAUGUGGGUUUGGGAGUGAAGUGUAGUAAGGAGGUCGCCACUGCGAUUCGUGGAUCUAUUAUUUUGGCUAAGUUGUCUGUGAUCCCUGUGAGAAGAGGGUACUGGGGUAACAAGAUCGGUAAGCCCCAUACAGUGCCGUGUAAGGUCACCGGAAAGUGUGGAUCCGUCACCGUCCGGAUGGUUCCGGCGCCUCGAGGUGCGGGGAUUGUGGCGGCUCGAGUGCCCAAGAAGGUCUUGCAGUUCGCUGGGAUUGAGGACGUCUUUACAUCUUCAAGAGGAUCGACUAAAACUCUCGGAAACUUCGUUAAGGCAACCUUUGACUGUCUGCUGAAAACUUAUGGCUUCUUAACACCUGAGUUUUGGAGGGAGACACGCUUCACAAAAUCCCCAUUCCAAGAGCACACAGAUUUAUUGGCAAAACCCACCGUCAAGGCUUUAUUGUUGGAAGAACCUGAGAGGGUCAAUGCUUGAACUUAGUUAAUGAUCAUUUUUCUUCUUUACUUGUGGGAAUAUAGUAUUAAUGUGUCUUUCUAUGCGAAAAGCCCCAUAUUAUUGGUUCCCUGGUUGAGUCCCGUGACUUUGAAGAACAGAUUUUUCUUUUUUCUUUUUCACAAAUUUUGAAUUUUGACUGUAAUCUAUUUUACCUUUUGAUGGCGUUUAGAAAAAUUUCACUUAUUUUUGUGUCCCCACGAACUUCAUUUUGUUGCAGAUGAUUGUUAUACUUAUGGGUUUGGUUGGAAA